ACGUGUGGAUGUCAUGAUCAUGUUCCUCCUCCUCCUCCUCCUCUUCCUCCUCUUCCCCGUCCGACUGACACGCUGGUGUUCUCCACUCUACAUGCCACGGCCAUGCCGCCAUAGAGGCGCGUAGGUUCCCCAGCCCGUCGCCACCAUGCAGACGGCGGCAGCCGCAGCCGCAGCCGGAGCCGCAGCGGCCGGGAGCGACGCCGCCGCGAACGGCAGCGGCGGCUGCACCGCAGACGUCGACGACGGCGACGGGGCAGGAGAGAGGAUGGAGAGGACGGUGCCAAGCGAGCAGCAGGAGAGGAGCAGCGGUCACCAGCAGCAGCAGCAGCAGCAGCAGCAGCAUCCAGCGUCCUCGUCGACGUCGGGGGUGCUCGAUAAACUUUUUGGGAAGCGUCUCCUUCAGGCCAGACACUACAUAAUGUCUCGGAAGUCCUGGCUGAAGAUGGUGCCCACUGAAAACUGUGACAUCCUGAUGACGUUCCCAGAUUCAAUAGACGACCACACUCUGCUGUGGCUCCUGAAUCAAAUUCGUCUUGGAAUCCCACAAGUCAGCAUCCAGGUUCGACAGCAUAAACACACCCAGGCACAGGCCUUCUUCAUCACCACAACCUUUGAGAACUUGCUGCGAGGCGCCGAGCAGACGGGCAUGCACAAGCUGGUCAAGCCGCAGUUCGGCGGCGGGAUGCGCCGCUUCUCCUGCGAGGAGGACAACAUCUACGAGAACAUAGAGAGCGAGCUCUGCUUUUUCACCUCGCAGGAGCGUCAGAGCAUCAUCAAGUACUGGCUGGACAACCUGCGGGCCAAACAGGGGGAGGCGCUUCACAACAUCCACUUUCUGGAGGGGCAGCCGAUCAUUCCGGAGUUGGUGGCUCGCGGGGUGAUUCAUCAGAUGUUUCCUCUUCAUGAGCAGAGGAUCCUCAACCAGCUGAUGACGUCCUGGGUCCAGGCUGUGUGCGAAAAGCAGCCUCUGGAUGAUAUCUGUGACUACUUCGGGGUGAAGAUUGGCCUGUAUUUUGCCUGGCUGGGCUUCUACACUAACUCCAUGCUGUACCCUGCUGUCAUUGGCUUUCUACUCUGGAUCCUAGCAGAGGCUGACCAGACCAGUCAGGACAUCUGCUGUGUUGUUUUUGCCCUCUUCAACGUCGUGUGGGCCACAUUGUUUCUGGAGCGCUGGAAGAGGAGGGAAGCGGAGCUGGCGUAUCGCUGGGGGACCCUGGACACGCCCGCCGAGUCCCUGGAGGAGCCCAGGCCGCAGUUCAGGGGUGUGAAGCGCUGCAGUCCCAUAACAGGUUGUGAGGAGUUCUACUACCCACCCUGGAAGAGAGCGCUGUUCAGAUGGUUGGUCAGCCUGCCCAUCUGCCUCCUCUGCCUCUGUUUCGUCUUCCUCGCUAUGCUCCUCUGCCUAGAAUUGCAGGAAGUGGUGAUGGAGAUUCAGGAGCUGCCCAGCAUAACAAGAUUCAUUCCUAAAAUACUUCUGGCCGUUACUGUAACCAUAUGUGAUGAAGUGUAUAAGAAGAUUGCCUACUGGCUCAAUGACAUGGAGAACUAUAGACUUCAGAGUGCCUACGAGAAUAACCUUAUCAUCAAGAUGGUGUUUUUUGAAUUCAUCAAUUCCUAUCUUAGUCUUUUCUACAUUGGGUUCUACCUCAAGGACAUGGAGCGUCUGAAGGAGAUGCUAGCUACUCUACUGAUCUUCCGCCAGUUCCUACAAAACAUCAAAGAGGUCCUUCAGCCCUAUCUCUAUGAGCAAAACAAGCUGGGUGUCUUUACCCCAAAGGUGCUGUGGGAGCUACUUCAAGCCAUCAUGCUUAAAUACGGCCGCCUGGCUCUUGGGAAGGCCCAGGCCUCAAUGACGGCCUAUUCCUUCCUGAGCCCCAGAGGGGUCCCCGUGGGUCACGGGACUAACGGCACCUCGGAGCCGAGGAGAAGAGGUGAUCUGAAGGCCGGGUUCAGGCUGACGGAGGAAGAGUGGGACAUGAGCGACAGCGCUCUCAAACACCGUAAAGUCAGUUUCACGGAGAAGGUUGACUACCAGGACGUAACAACGGGUGGGGACGACAGCUUCCUGGAGGACAGCCCCACGCUGGUAGAGGAAGGAAUGGAUGCAUCCAGUAUAUUUGACAGCUGUGAUGAGGACAGCGACUGUGAACCAUUGACUCAAGAAUCUGACACUGUCUGUCACAGAAGAAAGCAAGUAUGUGAGGGGAAAGAGGCCAAGAAGUCGUGGAUUGAUCCACCGGAGGAACCCAAAACUGUCACACUGACCCAGGCUGAGAUCGAAAGCUGUAUGCAGACGUACGAGGACACGCUUCAGGACUACCAGGAGAUGUUCAUUCAGUUUGGCUACGUGGUGCUUUUCUCCUCUGCGUUCCCCCUGGCGGCCAUGUGCGCUCUGAUCAACAACAUCAUCGAGAUCCGCAGUGACGCCCUGAAGCUGUGCACCGGCCUCCAGAGGCCUUUCGGACAGAGGGUGGAGAACAUCGGGCAGUGGCAGACCGCAAUGGAGGCCAUGGGCUUGAUAGCCAUCAUCGUUAACUGUUACCUGAUUGGCCAGUGUGGGCAGCUGCAGCGCCUGUUCCCCUGGCUCAGCCCUGAGAUGACCAUCAUCUCCAUCGUCCUCCUGGAGCACUUUGCAAUCCUCCUAAAGUACGUCAUCCAUGUUGCCAUCCCUGAUAUCCCAGGCUGGGUAGCAGAAGAGAUGGCCAAGCUAGAGUACCGACGAAGGGAAGCUUUCAAGAAGCACGAGCAACAGGCCCAGCAGCACUUUCAGCAGCAGCUCAGGCGCCGACGCGAGGAGGAGGAGCUCCAGCGUCAGGCCGAGCUGCAGGCGGAGGCGCGUCACGAGAGCGAGUACCACAAGACGGACGCCCAGCACCAGCAUCACCACGACAAAGCGUCGGGGAGCAAGGCCGGGGACAAGCCCAAGAGGCCCAGCUCGCUGCUGGGAAAUAACAACGUGAUGAAGCUGAAGCAGAUCAUCCCCCUCCAGGGGAAGUUCUCCUCCAGCACCUCCCGCUCACCGGCCCAGUCGCCAACAGGGGGUGAGGCCAAGCUCCCCGGAUUCCUGAAGUUCUUGAAAUCACCCGAGGCGAAAAAAGAGCCGGCGGUGGCAGCUGGAGCCACGCCAGGCUCCACGGCGGCCUCUUCAGGUCCCCCUAGUGGUCAGGAGAGGUCCCAGUCGCCCAACAGGACCUUCAGCCCCGGGAAGCUGUUCAGUUUCAGCAAGUCCGAGGGCACCGUGGUGUGCGCAAAUGGCUCGCAGCAAACAGCCCAGGCUGCUAACACUCAGUCCAACACAACGUCAGAGGAGUUACCCUCCAACGAGUCGGAUCGACAGGAAACAAGACAAUCGACUGAUUUAGAGAACUCUGGCUGUAGGAGUUAAUACAUGUUUGACCAUGUUAAUGUGAUGGAGAGAAAUAUAUCAAUGUCCAGAGGCAGCGACACGUCUGUACUGUAGAACACCUUAGUCACAAGGGCCACAUGUAAAGUCGCUGAGCACCUUCACUCUUAAUGCAACUUAAUUACAAUACCUAGUAUUGUAUCUAACACUAGCUUUUGUGUAAAAACGUGUACAGUAAGUGUAAAUCUGUGAAUAGGGGCUUGAAUAACCUUAGCUCAGAGUAAAAUACUGCAUGAUUGCCUGGGUUUCAACAGCACCAGAACCAAUUCUGUUGAUGUGAAGGAUCAGUGACCUUCCAAUCAGUCGGGCUUGUUAAAGAAGACGAUCAAUAGCUUCCCAUUCCAGGUUUGUUUCUCAUUCUGAAGCCGUUCUGAAUGCAUGAUGCGUUGUGUGCAUGCAUCACACAUUCAUACAGUCCUCUUAGUUAUCAAGCACUCCAAGCCAUUGGAUUCUUCCGCAAUAGGUCAGAAUAUAUUCACUGUGACCAUGGAAAAUAUAUUUUUCUUAAAUUUGAUUUUCUAUGAAUUAUUUUACUACAUAAAUUAGUGAAUGUACUUCUAUGAUGCAAAUAAAUCUCACUUACACUAACAUACAUUACAGGAUAAUGAAUUGACUGAUUUUGUUGAAUAAUGACACUUUCAUGAAGAUGAGUUUACCAGAAACGAUGUCCAUAUUGAUUUUAUAUUAUUUGAACAAACACAGUAAUUGCUAUUGGAACUGACCAGUGUUUUCAUUUCCACCUAAAACUAUGAAGGUUUAGUGUGAGUUGUGUACUUAGCUGUAAUGUAGUCUACAACAAAACAAUACUGGACUUUACAGUGCAUUUAUAUACUUGAGCACGAGUAUUUAAUAAUAAACACAUUCCAAGCUCAAUCGGGUGGUGAAAUGAAAAUCUAUCUCGUCAACCACUCUGCUAUGAAGUGCCACAAAAAAUAAAAUGCUGAUAAUUUCACAGUGUGUCUUGUUUUUAACAGUUAUUUAAAAUGCUGUAAAGAAUUUUCAGUUACUCAAUAAAAUUAGCUAAAGGUAA